CCGCCUCUCGCUCGCCCCAUCACUCAGUCUCUUCCCCCCCGCUAGUCCCUUUCUCCAAGCCACUUCUUGCAUAAGUGUGCUUCUUGCGCGCAACACAACGACCCACUCUCUUCCCCACACUCGUGACUCCACCUAUACUGCACGCACACCCGCGCAAACGCCCUUCCGCCUAUACCGCUCCCCCCCGCACUGGUCGCCGGCCGCCGUUUGCUGACUGCUUGCUGCCGCUCAGCAUAUAGCGUCUUGCCCUGCCUGUCUCUCCUGCGCUGCCGCGCUGCUGCCGACAUCUCUUGCGACUCGCGAACAUCUCUGCUGCUUCUGUUGCUCCCGCUCCGCUCCACCAAUUCUUCUCUCUCUCUCUCUCUCUCCCCACACCGCGCUCCUUGUCAAGAUGUCGGAGAAGAAGCCAUCAAGAAAGUCCAUCCUGAGCUCCAUCGGGUCCAAGAAGCAGCACCAGAAGCAGGAGGCUGCUGCUGCUGCUCAGGCCGCUCAGGCUGCUCAAAGCGCAGGUCCGACGGCAGCCCAGAAGAAUGAGUCUUUGAACAACAGCAACGGCGAUCAUGGAGCGUCCAACGGAGCUUCAGAUGCAGCGAGAUACCGCGACGAUGUGCUCAAGGGCGACAACAACAAGGCGGCGCAGGACGAUGAGCAUGACCCUGAUGUCCCCGACGACGCGGACGCGAAUGCGGCUCUGCAAGAGGCAGAAGAGGAUUACGGCGCUCCUCUAGGACCCAGCAAAGACGCAGCUGCUUUGAUCGAAGAGGAGGAGAGGGCGAACGCUGCGGCCAAAAAGAGCUCAACACCUGCCCACAAGCGAGGAUCCAAGCGCGCUGACAAGGUGGAUCUGCUCACGCCUGUGCAGCGCCACUAUCUCCUGAAAGCGCUCGUGUCCACAGAAAUGCAGCUCGAAUGGAGCGAGCUGGAGAAGCUGGGUGCUCUUACCCAGUACGGCUACCCAUUCUCUCCCACGCGACCCAAGCUCAAGCGCGUGCAAAAGGAUCUGGACAUGGACAGCGAGUUUGCCAAGGGCGAGUUCGCCGCUGCAGCUGACGAUCCCUAUGCCGAUGAAGAUCAGGCGCGCCGAGCAGAGAAUAUCGCCGAGCCUCUGAUGCUCCGACACAUGUUCCAAGUCUUUUUGAAGCCUUUUCCUGGUCUCAAGGAGGCGCCGCUCAAGUACUGGCAGAAGCGGAUUCAGCCCUACUUUGACGAGACUGCUGCGCGCAACUUUUCCCACUCGACCGAGAGAGCCGAGCUGACCAGUCGACGCUUCUACACGCUCGCAUUCACCCGCUACCUCGGAGGUUUCAUGGCAAGAGGAUUUGGUGUGCGUGGGGAGGGGGAGACAAAGGGUCCUGGAAAGGGAGAAUCCGGAAGCGAAAGGUGGGGCGUCGGCAAGCAGUGGGGCAAGGGCACCGUCAAGCGAGGUCUGGACAAGCCUAUUCGCAUCGACGAUGCCCUGAUGGACAAGAUCGACAGCCUCUUUUCAGGCCCCGAAGGUGAUGUGUGGCGUCGAGCACGCAAGGAGACUCAUCGCGUGCGCCGAGACUGGCAAGCUUUCAAGGAGCACACAAUCGAGAGCGAAGCCGGUCUCGAGGAGACGAUGGCGUACUUGCAGGUCAGCAACAUCAGAAAUCUUCCUCCCAGAUACCGCAACGCAGAAGAAUGGGCUCGCAUGCAUGCUGCCUACCUCUUCCACAACCUGUUCGUGACGUCGCCUGCGGCCGACUCGAUCUUUGGUGUGGUGAAGGGCAUCCACGCUCUCUUCCCGUACUGGGGUGCCAGACAGCUCCUAAAGGUCGCAAACGCCGAAUCGAUGAUUUCCGGUAUCCUUGGCUUGCUCUUGGCUCGACCAGCGGGUGCAAAGUCGCUCGUCCAACGCGUCUUUACAUAUGUGCUGGGUAAAGAAGCGACGGCCUUUCAGAAGGACUACAUUGUGCCCUUUAGAAAGGAGAUCAACGAUAUCGAGCUGACAAAGAAGAUUGAAGAGUACGUCAAGCGUGCAAGCAGACCGGAAGGUCGUGCGAUCAGGUCUCGCGCAGAGAGGACCGGCGCGGAUGUCCUCACGACGAUCCUGCUGCACUCGAGCGGUACGCAAUUGAGCUCGCAGAAGCAAUCGUACGUCCAGCAAUUGGAAAAGUCGUACGCCAAGUCGCCCUACGCGGCGGAUGUCAACCUCGCGUACCCUCCCAAAACCCCGGCAGGCAAAGCCCUGGAAGGUCGCGCAGCUGGAAAUUGGGGCGUCUCGUCUCAAGAGGCCGACGAGGCUCGCACGUUUGCCCUGCUCAAGCUGCACUUGCGUGUCUGCCUAAAGAAGCGCGAUCGCGAGCAAGCCAUUCUAUUUGCCAGCGGCUCGCUCAUCCCCACCAUUAUCAAGGACUCGCUCCAGCAAGUCUUCUUUCCAGCCAUUCGUUCGAUCGCAUCUGCGGUCGAUUUGUCCGAGCGUCUGCACGAUCUUCAAAACUUUAUCGACGACCUCAUCAAGAUCAAGAAGAAGGGCGACGAUCAGCUGGUCGCUUUCAUCGCUUUGGCGGCUCGUCACGAGCAGAGUUUGUACCUGCUCUUCUCUCAGAUGCACACCAUCAUCGAUCCGUUCGCAGCCUGGCUGCAGACGGGAGCAGACUACAUGGCCAUGUCCACCACGGAUCCGCUCAACCCUGCCAACCGAAAGGCAAAGAAUCUCGAAGUGAACUUGGAAGAGCUUCUGCGCGAUGACCGUCUGACGCAAGAGGAUGCUGCCAAUAUCGUCAAGGAGGUGGACGAGCUGGCUCAGUUUGUCAAGUGGCAAAAAGUAUGGUACGAAUUGGAGAUGCGCAAAAACUUUAUCCUCGCACGACCUGAAGCAGCUCCGGCGAGCGGGUUGAAUGCGGAUGACAUUCCGAAAGGCUCGAUGCGUCAGGAGAUUGAGGAUGUCGACGCGCUCCUCAAGGAGCUGAUGAAGGCGGAAGGCGUGCCCAUCGAGCAAGGCGAUGUCCGCACCCUUGCGCGUGGUACCGAGAAGGCAGACUUUCCCUGGGCAUGGUUCGACAAGCUGGACCCUCUGGGUCAACAUAUCGUCUCAUCUUCUGGCGAGGUGGAGCCGGACUUGUCCUUCAAGCCCCGCGGCACAACGGCUCCGAUUCCGGAAAUGCUCACACUCAGAAAGCUCAUGCCCGCUUUCCAGGAUCUGCUUCGCGAAACGCUGCCUAGAUGGCAAGAUGGAGAUGAACGAGGGCCACCUAGGGACGCGGGCCUGCUGGCCCCUCCACGCGCUGGCACCACGGCGGGAGCUUCGACGCCGGCAAACACUGCUCCUCCUUCCGUCGCUGGUGACGGUAAAUCCACGACAAAGAGCAAGGGUGGCUUUGGUAGCAUGUUCCGCAAGAAGUGAGAAGCGGUGAGCGAGCGGGUCAUUCGCCAGUUCUCCCCCACCUGCUUUGGUUCUUUUGGAACAUACCACGCGACGCCUUGUCUUUUCCCUACUUUUCUUCUAGUCUCGCUUCCUUUCGCAGCGGCUUUUUUUGCCCUUUCGUUGAUCCUUAGCGCACCGCUGCUGCUUGUCCUGCCCCCAAAUCACGUUCUGAACGCUAUACAGAGCGGACAGAACUUUCGGAUCUUCGAAUGCAUGCUCUC